CCAGGCCGGAGCCGGAACGACGCGCCGCCUGGCUGCUGAGCGGUCCCCGGGGAAGGGCCGGGAGCUGCCGCCUAGCGCCUGCUGCCGGGAAGCCCCGCCAGGAAAUUCCCGGGGGCAGCUCCGGCUGGGACACCGCGGGCCUUACGCAAGGCCGGGCUGCCCCCUACCCCCCGGCUCCCAGAGGCCCGCGCGGGAUCCCAGCGACACUGCUCCGCCCCGCCCCCCCCGGGGGGGGUCGCUUCGCUCCUUGCCCCGCGUGGGGCUCCGGGCCCCGCCCCCCGCGGGCGGCCCCUCCCCGCUGGCGGUGCCGAGCAGCUCCUGGCCGCCUGGCUGGCGGAUAAGAGGCGGUGGGGGCCGCGCUCAGCCAGCGCCGAAAGGCUCGUAUCUGCUCCCGGGCGGCGAGGAGAAGGCUGAAGGGAGCGGAGCUAACAGCACCUCGGCCCUUCGCCUGGCCCCCCUUGGAUUUAUAUGCAGCUGGCGGGGUUCUGGGUCACCCUGCUGGAGGAAGAGACAGGGCCGCGGGGCGAUCUGCCCUCUCUUUCCCCCGCCAUGUGCUCGGUGAACGGGGACAGCAGCACGGACCCCCUGGUAGCCCGGUGCAGGCAGCUGGAGGAGGCCGUGGAGACGCUGCACCUGGAGAACAAGAGCUUAAAGAGCAAAGCGCCUCGGUACAAAGCCCUCUGCAGCCUGUAUCAUGAGUCCGGGCAGCAGCUGAAGCACCUUCAACUGCAGCUCUCAGCCAAGGAGGCGAUGAUCGGGGAGCUGAGGGCGAGCGUGGCCAAGUACCAGGCUGCCCAACUGGGAGCGACGCAGGAAGAGGAGCAACAGCCACCGCCACCUGGGGGAAAGUUUGUUGGACCUGCUAAAUCUCUAGUGGAAAGUUUAAUAGAUCAGCUUGGCCAAAUGAAGCAGCAGCUUAAAGACAGCGAGAGAAGUUCAGCGCAGAAGGUUGAAACUUUGACCCAGGAAGUGCAGAAGCUGAAUCUGCAGUUAGAAGAAAAAGACAGAGAGAUACAGCAGCUAAUAAACCAGCCACAGUAUGAAAGAGAGAGAGAAAUCUUACGACUCCAGAGAAGCUUGGCAGAGAGAGAGAGAGUCCAGGCCACAAGUGAAGUACUAUGUCGUUCACUCACCGAUGAAACUCACCAACUUCAACGUAAAUUGGCAUCCACAGCAGAAAUGUGUCAGCAGCUGGCAAAAUGUCUAGAAGAAAAGAGAAAAGACAGAGGGUAUUUAGAGGAGCAUAUUCCUAUUGAAAGAUCCAAUCAGCUACAAUUUUCAGAGAAUAAAACUUCACUCCAAACAAUUAUUUGCCAGCUACAGGAGGAAAAUCUGAAGUUACAACAAAAAGUGUUUCAUGUGGAAGACUUAAAUACAAAAUGGCAGGCAUAUGAUGCUAGUAGAGAGGAAUAUGUGAAACGACUCCACCUGCAGCUGAAAGAACUGAAGUCUCAACCCGAACAACAGCAAGGCAUUACACCACUGCAAAGAAAUUCAGAGCUGAUGCAGAAGGAGAUUUCUCGGUUGAACAAAUUACUGGAAGAAAAAAUGAAUGAAUGCAUUAAAGUAAAGCGAGAGUUAGAGGAUGCGAAGAAGGCUAGAGAUGGAGAUAGUGAACUUGUACAAAUGCUGGAGCAACAGGUCCUUGUUUACAAGGAUGAUUUCACGUCUGAAAGAGCAGAUCGAGAGCGUGCACAAAGUAAAAUACAGGAACUUCAGGCAGAAGUUUCAUGUCUACAGCACCAGCUAAUCAGGAGACAGGAAUCAAGAGAGACAGCUGGUCAUGUUAGAAUUCACACUGGGAACCAAAACCAUCGUGUGUAUGUACAGACAAAUGUUGAACAUCUACUUGGCAACAGCCAACUCCAGUCAGCCGUGAGGAGAACAGGUUCACAAUCUGAACAAGCUGCUACACGCACAGACAGUGGGAGCUCAGGAUCAGAGAGAAGAGGACAGGGUGAACUUCAGUGCCCUCAUUGCAUGAGAUUCUUCAAUGAUGAACUCAGUGAUGAAUUUCUCAGACAUGUUGCUGAAUGUUGUCAAUAAUCUGACCUGAGAAGUGCAAUCAAAUCAACCACUACUUGAUACUGAGAAAACAGCACUUUGAGAUGUAUACUACAGUACCAAUUAAUAUUGGUUAUAUUUUUAAUAUUUAUCAUCCAGUUUGGAUGUUUGGACUGACUUAUCUAGGCAUAAAUUCAGUGUUUAGGUUCAGCAUUGAAUCUCUCUGAUUUGAGGACAUUAGUGAAAAGUUAAUUCGUUACUAAUCUACGAUAAGUAAGGGCAAAAAAAAAUGAAGUAAUUCAUUUUAAAUGGCCAUAAUGUGGGAUGUUGGGAACCAACAGGAUAAGAAACAUCUACCUCUUAAUUCAUUCCACCACCUGUUGGACUGCACAAGAGACUUCAAUAUAAAUCCAGCCAUUUUGCAAAGAAUGGAAAUAUACAAAUUAACACUCCAACAAAUGUGAAUAUAACAAAUGCAAAUCUGCUACAAGCCAAAAGUUCUGAAGAGCACAAAAGUUGUGGAUGGGCUCAGCACAGACAGAUUUACAAGCAAAAGUUUAUGAUUCUUUAUAAAUAUUCAGAUUGCCAAAAGUACAGAGAACUGGAUUUGAAAGCUGUAUACCUUCCUUUUCAUAGAUAUAGCAAUAUAGAGAAGAGUGGCAAAAGUGGUAAGGUAGGAGGAAAAAAGCUUCACUGUCCCCUCUCUGGGGUACAGUUGAAUAGAGGCAUCUCAUUUGCCACUAUCUUGAGUCUUAGAAUGAAAUCAGUCAUGUCUGUCUGACAGAGCUUUUAUAGAUCACUUGCAUUGAAUGUGAGGAAAACGUUAAGAUACUAGUUACUCUGAUCGAAACCCUUUUUGCACUGAAACAUUGCAUAGGGAUUAUAUUUAUUUUUUUCUUCUGUGCUAGAAAGUGACUGUACAUAUGUGAAUACAGAUUGUAUAUAAAUUUAAAAUUUGUCACUUAUUUUUAUAAUAAAAUGGUGGUGUAGUUGCUUUA